CCAGCCAGGGCCCAACUCCUAGUUUAAGCCCUUUUCUUCACUUCCUUCUCUUCUGUUUCAGAGUUAUUGAUUUGUUUUUGAGAAUCCUCUAUUUUCAUCUUCCUCAUGGAUGAACUUCAGGAUGUUCAACUGACAGAGAUCAAACCACUUCUAAAUGAUAAGAAUGGUACACGAAACUUCCAGGACUUUGACUGUCAGGAACAUGACAUAGAAACACCUCAUGGUAUGGUCCACGCCACUAUAAGAGGCCUACCGAAGGGAAACAGACCAGUUAUUCUGACAUAUCAUGACAUUGGCCUCAAUCAUAAAUCCUGUUUCAAUGCGUUCUUUAACUUUGAGGAUAUGCAAGAGAUCACUCAGCACUUUGCUGUCUGUCAUGUGGAUGCCCCAGGCCAACAGGAAGGUGCACCUUCUUUCCCAACAGGGUACCAGUACCCCACAAUGGAUGAACUAGCUGAAAUGCUGCCGCCUGUUCUUAGCCACUUAAGUGUGAAAAGCAUCAUUGGGAUUGGAGUUGGAGCUGGAGCUUACAUCCUCAGCAAAUUUGCACUCAAUCAUCCAGAGCUUGUGGAAGGCCUUGUGCUCAUUAACGUUGACCCUUGCGCUAAAGGAUGGAUUGACUGGGCAGCUUCCAAAAUCUCAGGCUUGACAACCAAUGUUGUGGACAUUAUUUUGGCUCAUCACUUUGGACAGGAAGAGUUGCAGGCCAACCUGGACCUGAUUCAAACCUACAGACUGCAUAUUGCCCAAGAUAUCAACCAAGAAAACCUACACCUCUUCCUGGGGUCUUAUAAUGGACGAAGAGACCUGGAGAUUGAAAGACCCGUGCUGGGCCAAAACGAUAACAAAGCAAAGACUUUGAAGUGUUCUACUUUAUUGGUGGUAGGGGACAGUUCACCUGCAGUUGAGGCUGUGGUUGAAUGCAAUUCUCGCCUGAAUCCCAUAAAUACAACUUUGCUAAAGAUGGCAGACUGUGGUGGACUGCCCCAAGUAGUUCAGCCUGGGAAGCUCACCGAGGCCUUCAAGUACUUUUUGCAGGGAAUGGGCUACAUACCAUCUGCCAGCAUGACCCGGCUCGCCCGAUCACGAACCCACUCAACCUCAAGUAGUAUCGGCUCUGGAGAAAGUGCCUUCAGCCGAUCUGCCAUCAGCAAUCAGUCAGAUGGAACUCAAGAAUCCUCUGAGUCCCCUGAUGUUCUGGACAGACACCACACCAUGGAAGUGUCCUGCUAAGCAGAUGCUCCUCCCCUGGACCGUGCAAGUCCAUCUUCCUCAAACGACCACUCCGUAAUACAGCGGUUUCAUCCAGCAACCUGGCAUCUAUCUUUAUCUCCUGCAUGACCACCGGCUCUCUCCCUGGUGUCCUGGAUUUAUCAUUCUCUGCCUGCCCACCCCCUUUUUUUGUGUGUACCAGGAACCACUUUCAUGCCAUUACUGUAACAUUCCAACAUCUUUAACUGAUCAAAUCUUACCUUCCCUUGCCAGCUUUCCCCAUGCUUUCCCAACUAUGUAUCUGAUAAGAUUCUUUGAUCCUGAUGUAUGUGUGUGAGCACGCGUGUCUGUGUUUAUGUGUGCAUAGAUCUGUGGUUUUAGACAUGCUUUCUUGUAGAGCUUCUGCAAAAACAAAAAAGGGACUUUUUUUUUUUUUGCAUUUCCAAUGGUGUUUUUAGGUAAAAUAUGCAGAACAGAUUUCUAGAUUGGGUAGGUCACAGCAUUCUCUUUUGGUUCCAAAUUGGUCAGCAAGAUUUGCAAAGUGACUUCUGGAGAGAGCAGCUCUGAGGAAUGUGGAAGACCAUAAUUGGACUGUUGAUCGAUUGUGACCAAUAGAAGGGAACCUAGUACAUAGAGAAGCAGGCAGGGUGGCCAGCCACCUCCUCCUGUCGAAAUGAAUGUACAUACACUAUAAAUAAAAGGGAGGGAUAUGUACUAUUAGAAGCCCAUGAAUGAUGAGGUUCUCAUGCAACAUGGAGUUGUUCCCAAGGAGUGGGCAUGGCUUAAUUAUGGCCCCUCUCAGUACAGGAAGGGGGAAAACAAAAUACCAGACAUCCGCAAGAAAUGCCUCCAGCUCUGUGAUGGAGACUGUUUCUCUACCCCUCCAUCCUCAGAAAGGGGAGAGGUAUGGCCUGAAAAUUAUGUAGGUGGUAAGGAAAUGACAGUGGGGAGAGGACAGACACUAACAGAAUAUCAUAUUUAAUAAGAAUAGCCUUGAUUUUAGCAGACUUAGUGAAAGCUAAAUGAAACUGAGAUAGAACUCAUUUCUCAGGAAGAUUCCUAAUCCUGUGAACUCUCUUUUGUAGGAGGGAAGGGGUCAGUCUGUAAGGGCAGCCUGUCCAGGUAAAACUGUUCAGUCUACUACUAUGUGAGUACCGCCGGGCGGAAGGUGAAACCAUCUACCACACAGCCAGGGCCCAGCUCUUGAGAGCAUCGAGAUGUAAGCACAGGGUGACACAGUUUCAGAUACUAAGAAGGGACUUCUUAGUCCUAGUAUUCGCUUUCUGCCAAGACAGGGAAUGCGUCACUCUGCCACUUUUUACAGAUUAUUAAAUAAAGCUAUAUAUGUCUCAUUGUUACUCAA